AUGGAGAAGCGCAAACGCGCUGCCGUCGAUUCCGACGUGGUUACUUUGAUAUAUGCCGCUCCAGGACACAAACGCUUCGCCAAAUUGUUGACAGAGGCGUCGCUGGACGAAAUCAAGGAGGUCGUAAGAAAACGCCUGAAUUUCCCGUCUGCCUCGAGCUUUCUACUUUCGUAUAAUAACGACAUCGCCUUGGAGAAUGACGACGAUUUCGACGCGUUUAUUGUUUACACAAACAAAUCCUCCUCACCUUCCAUCGACGUUCUGAUUGAGAUCAAGGACUUGACUACGCUUCCUCACCUUCCUCAGCCAAUCGACAAUGCGAUUUCCUUCAUCAUAGACCAGACAAAGACGACGACAACAGAUACUGCUCCACCUCCUAAGAAGCGGAAGGUCGCCGAUGAUUCACUCCUCGUUCCCGCCCCAACAGAAUCUGCAUCUGCUGUCAAAAGUAUUGCGACGACAACCAAACCAAUUUCCACAGCUGCAAAAGCCAAGAAGCCCAAAUUAGGUGAAUUCGUUCAGGGGGGUUCCAAUCCAGCAGCGGGCCAGAAGAAGGCAACGGAAAGCAACGAUAUUGUUGUCUUGGAAGGCCAAGAUGACCCAAAGAGGAAAUCGCAAAUUGCAGGACUACCUGAGAGCACAGCAGCCGCACCCAAAGCAGCGUCGAGGAAAGACGCCAGCUCCAGAUGCCCCUGCGGAGAUACUCCUGUGGAAGGUAUCAAGGACAAACUCAAGAGAACCAAACCGAAAGCUGUAGCACCUCGCAGAACGAAGAAGUCUGUGGAGGAAAAUGAUGAUGAUGGGGAAGUGAUGAAUGUUCAAUCAACAGCCCAAUCGAAAGUGUCCACGCAGAACGAAGGUAUCGAACCUGCUGCCAGUGGGCCGGAAGCCUUCUUGAAAGGACUUGUUAACGCCAUACCGGGUCCCAUUGGGGUGGAACAACCCAAGCCAAAGGCCAAAGCAAAGAAAGACGCUGUGCCCAUAUCCAAUGUGAAUCUUUCUUCGGUCUCGGGCGCGGAGACUGCAGGGGUAUCUGAUGCAUCUGUUGGCCACACAGAUCCAUUAAAACAAGCUGCUCGCAACGAAAAGGAAAGUUCAGAUUCGGAUUGCGAUACUCCUCAUCCCCCACCUAAAUUAAGUCGGCCUUCCAUCACCGACAUGGACUUGGAUUUAGAACUAGACGCCAUCACGCGCAAUCCCAACAUGAGCGUGGCAGAUCUCAUUACAGAAGAUGAUGACGAGGGAGAAGGAGAAAAGCAGAAUGUUGUGCUGGAGACGGACAAUGAAGACGACCUUCACUUUCGUCGACGCUCUCGGCGGUUUUACAAUGUUGAAUCAAGCGACGACGAGGGAGUUGAUGAGCGACGUUCGAUUCCUCCUGUAGAAGUUCCUGAAUCACGACGAUCAUCUCUUCGUUCUCAAACCGCGCCGCUCCUUCGAAACCCUCCAAGUUUUGACAAAUACCCAACAACAACUCUUAUAGAUGCCCACCAAACUCAAUCCACAGAUAUCGACUCGUCAGGUGACCGCGCUGUUGACCAGGUCAUGGCUUCUGAUGAAGCUAUGUUUGGUCUCGCUAUUCGUUCUGGCUCCGAGCGUGCUGCAGUCGAAGAAGAUCCUAUCCUCCCUGCCGACGAGUUUCCUCUUAUACCGAAUCCCGUCUGCGACGAAUCUCCUUCACCUUCUCCCCAGGAUGCAGUCUUGCGUCAAAAAGGUCACAAGCGGCUAUCUCAAAUCGAGCCACCCAUCACAAUCUCGCCUAAGCCUGAAGAAGUGGUCGAGAAAGCUCUUCCUCCGAAGCUUACACGCAAGAGGAGUGCAGCUGCCCUAGCCACGAAUCCCGAUGAACCACCUCCAAAACGUGCUCUUCGCGAAAAGACGGUUGAACCAGAAGCACCUGCCCAACGUAGAAAACGCGGUCCGAACAAAACUCCCGAGCAAAAGGCACUCGAAGCUGAAGCCAAAGCUACUCUGAAAGAGGCACUCGAGAAGGUCAAGAAGGAAAAAGGCUCCGCGAAAAUAACGGCGGAGCUCAAGGCAUUCGAGGCUCAAGCGAAGGCUGCUUAUAAAGAGGCGAUGCAGAAGUCGAAGAGAGAUGGGGGUCUGAGGAAACCCCCAGAGCAAGAGGCAUUUGAAGCUGCCGCCAAGGCUGCUUACAAAGAGGCGCAGGAGAAAGCCAGAAAAGAGAGAAAUUUCAAGGCAUUGGCGUUGAAGAAAAUCGCUCAGAAAAACGUUGCUAUUUCACCGGAUGCAGAGCAAACAACACCCAUGUCGACCGCUAGUUGGACAGUUUUGGCGCCAGCUUCAUCUCUUGAAGACGCCAACUUGGCUGAUGAAUCCCAGCGCGAUGAACUUCGUUCGAGCAGUCGAGAGCCCCAUGUUGCGAACCAAAACUCGGACGACGAAGAGGAGGAAGAGAUCAACAUACAGCUGACUGCGCGUUCCCAAUCGAGCAAGAAUACGCCGUCUACUACUACGUAUCGUCGACUAACCGACAUAACAAGUCAACCGUUUGCCACGCCCACACUCAGUAACACCCCAAAGCUAACCUCGACUGUUCCGCGGGUACGGAAAGGACGGAAAGAUAUGUAUGGAGACGAUUCUUCAAGUGAUUCGUCGGAUGAGCAGGAGGUUCAGUCUCAUAUUCCAAAGUCGCGUCGAGCUGGUGCCAAAAAAUAG